GAUUAGGGCGGAGACAGCGCACAGAGUGAGCGGAGGAGAGGGACGCCGGCCCGGGGAGGGAUGAGCAGCCUAGCCGCGGCUGGGGAUGCAGGAGCGCUAUGAAUCUCCAUGGGAGGCAUGGCACAGCCGGCGGGGGCACACCGGACCGCAAGAGGGGAGCCCCGGGCUGCCCGCUCAUCCCCGGGGCACAAUGCUGUCCACAGAAGCCGUGCCCCCCGGUCCAGCAGACCGCCGCCUCCCGCGGCUCGUCCUCCUCCCUGCUCAUGCUGGCCGCAGUGUUCGGGCUGCUGAUCCUGUCACUAGUACACCUGGGGCAGGAAUCCGGACAGCCAGGAGGGGGCGCUGCAGGGGAGCUGUGCCCCACUGUCCUGCUGCUCCGCUGCGCUGUCUACCUGGGGGCAGCGCUGUGCGCUCUACUGCUGGGGGCACUCUGCUCGCUGCACUGUGCCGGCCGCCAGGCUGCCACCCCGGACUUCACCCGAGCCAGGACCCAGACACAGGUGGUCCAUCCAGUGUUUCCGCAUGAGGCCAGCCAGCAUAGGCGAGUGGUGAUCUGUCACAGCAUGGACAAAGCUCUGAAGGAAGUGUUUGACUACAGCUACAGAGACUACAUUCUGACAUGGUAUGGUGAACUCAGUAAAGAUGGUGGUCAACUCUACCACUUGCUCUCUGAAGACUUUUGGGAGUUGACCAGACAACUGCGCUGUCGGCUUGCUCACAUUGAUGUUGUGAAGGUGGUCUGCAAUGACGUUGUGAAGAACCUGCUCACCCACUUCUGUGACCUCAAGGCUGCAAACACUAGACAGGAUGAAGAGCCAAGACCCUUUGCUCUUCAUUCCUGCUUAAAAAACACAGAAGCGGAGCUCCAGUUCCUGCAGACUUGCGCCAAGGUGCUAGUUCUCUGUUUGAUACCUAGCAGGGAUGCACGGUCUCGUAGUCUGCGCAUUGUUCUUUCUGAAAUACUUGCCACCAAAGUGCUGAAGCCUUUGGUGGAGUUGCUGAGUGAUCCGGAUUACAUUAAUCAGAUGCUGCUCAGCCAGCUGGAGUACAGGGAACAGGUGAAUGAGCGCCACAAGAAAGCCUAUACAUAUGCCCCAUCUUAUGAGGAGUUCAUCAAAUUGAUCACCAACAGCUCUGACAUUGAAUUCCUUAAACAGUUAAGGUAUCAGAUUGUUGUAGAAAUAAUCCAAGCAACUACUAUAGGAAGUUUCCCACAGCUGAAAAGACAAAAAGAUUCAAAAGGCAAGGAGACAGCAGCCAUGAAAGCCGAUCUGCUGAGAGCCCGUAAUAUGAAGCGAUACAUCAAUCAGCUCACUGUCGCCAAAAAGCAGUGUGAGAAAAGGAUCCGGCUUCUUGGUGGUCCAGUGUAUGACCAGCAGGAAGAUGGAACGUCAGAUGAUUCAGAUUGCCCCCAAAGUCAGAAGUUUAUCCAGUUUGAUGACAUUCUGGCUAACCCAUCAUUCAGAGAACCUUUUAGAACAUAUAUGGAAAGGAUUGAUAAGCGGGUACUGAUCAGUUUUUGGGAGUCUGUGGAGUACCUGAAAAAUGCAAAUAAGUCUGAAAUACCUCAGUUGGUUGGUGAAAUCUACCAGAACUACUUUGUGGAGAGCAAAGAAAUCCAAGUGGAGAAAGCACUUUAUAAAGAGAUCCAGCAAAGCUUUGUUGGCAACAAGGGGAUCGAAGUCUUCAUCAAGAUUCAGGCUGAUGUGUAUGAGACCCUUAAGGACCGCUUCUACCCCUCAUUCAUUGUCAGCGAUUUGUAUGAACAACUCGUCCGCAGAGAAGAGAAGUCCUCCUGCAUGUGCGCCUCCGAUGACAAGGAUGAAUCAAUGCAGGUGUGUGAAGGUGUGGAAGGCCUCCUGGAUGAAUGCAGCAGCGGCAUCACGGAGCAGGCUAGCUAUGCGGUCAACAAGCUACGUCAGCUUACAGAGAAGCUGGAUUACAAGAGACAAGCGCUCAACUCCAUCAUUAAUGCCCCGAAACCUGACAAGAAGAUCAUUUCCAAGUUAAAGGAUGAAAUAGUUCUAAUGGAGAAAGAACAAAGUGAUCUCGAUCUCCAUAUUUCCCGGACAGAUCUGUGGUGUGAGAACCUUGGUAUGUGGCGGGCACUUAUUAACAUCAGUGAGGUAUCUGAAGAGAAUGGAGAACAGAUGCCAAUGUACUUUGUAUUAGUAAGUUUACCAGAGUCUGGAGAAUUGGACAACAAGAAUUGGACUGUACUGAGGAGACUAAGUGAAUUUCAAAAUCUGCACAGAAAACUUAGUGAGUGUUUUCCUUCAUUGAAGAAGGUGCAGUUGCCUUCUCUCAGCAAGCUUCCCUUCAAGUCCAUAGACCAGAAGUUUUUGGAAAAGUCAAAGACCCAGUUAAACAACUUCCUACAGAAGCUGCUUUCUGAUGAAAGACUGUAUCAGAGCGAGGUGCUUUAUGCCUUUUUGAGCCCAUCUUCAGAGCACCUGAAAGUCAUUGACGUCCAGGGCAAAAAAUCUUCCUUCUCACUCUCUUCAUUUUUGGAAAGACUUCCUGGAGAUUUCUUUUCCCACCAAGAGGAUGAAGUUGAAGAAGACAGUGACUUAUAUGACUAUGGGGAUGAUGUGGACGGGAAGAAAGAUGCCUUGGCUGAGCCAUGCUUCAUGCUGAUUGUGGAGAUUUUUGAGCUGCGGGGAAUGUUCAAGUGGGUGAGAAAAACCCUGAUUGCAUUGGUACAAAUUACAUUUGGAAGGACCAUAAACAAACAGAUCCGAGACACAGUCAAUUGGAUUUUCAGUGAGCAGAUGUUGUUGUACUAUAUCAAUGUGUUCAGAGAUGCUUUCUGGCCUAAUGGAAAACUGGCUCCUCCAAAAACCUCAAGAACGGAGCUGCAAUGUCAGGAAACCAAACAUAAAGCACAGCAAAAACUACUUGAAAACAUCCCCGAUGCACUUCAGAACCUGGUUGGACAGCAGAACGCACGUCACGGUAUAAUAAAAAUAUUCAAUGCACUGCAAGAAAACCGGGCCAAUAAACAUCUGCUCUAUGUAUUGCUUGAAGUUCUUCUAGUAGAGUUGUGUCCAGAAUUAAGGACUCAUUUAGAGCAACUGAAAGCUGGUCCAGUGUGUGAUAGCACAAAGUGAACCACUACUUCUAAUGUCUGUGUAACAAUAGACAUGCUGAUUACUUUCCUCUUUUCCAUAGAGGGCCAACUGAGGACUACUUAUUCCCCUGUGUCUUUUUCGUUUGUUUUAUGUGACAUUACGGACGGGGAGGCUACUCUAGUACUUGUAGAAGAUAAUGCUGCAUUGAUAAUCGGUUUUAUUUUAGAAAUGUUACAUGGUUACUGUUCUCUCUAGAAUAAGACCCACAAUGUUAAUAUACUGUCCGGCCUCAUUCACACGUUCAUAUGUAUUUUGCGGUUCACAAAGCGCAGAUCCGCAAAAUACGGUUGAUGUCCAUGUUGCAUCCGACAUUUUAUAUAUUAUUAUUUUUUUCCCCAGAUCCAUUGACUUGUCCGUUGUCCCAAUUUUGCAGCCACGUAUAGGACACGUUGUAUCUUUUUGCAAAACAGACGUCCUCACAUGGAAGGGUGUGUGUGCUUUCCGCACGCAUAUGUCCGUUCUGCAGAACUUGUCCUAUUGGCAGCAAAAUGCGGUCCACAGACCACUGAUGUCUAAUG